AUGUCAAUUGAGACUAUGGACUCUAAAGUCAAAGUUCGCUCUACGCCUCUUCUGAACUCCUUGCGGAGGGAUUUCUGUCUAGAUUGGAUGUAUAGCUUCCACCUUCACGUCACUUGCUCGUUGAAUCAGGAUCCAGUCCAUGAAAGUAGACAGAGCGAGCCCAAUGUGUCUUUUGCAAAUAAAGCAAGUCGCAGCGCAGUACAAGCAAUAGAUGUGCAAAAACUUUGA